AUGCACAAGGACACGAUGGAGGAAGGAAAGGAGCUUUGGGACAUGGUAGAGGCAGUUGGACUGAACAACUUCAAGCUCGGACGUGAAUACGUGCCUUCGACUUACAGCGGCGACGUGCUCUUCUUUAGCGCGACGGCCGAUGUCGAUGAUACUGGCGCAGUGGUGGACCCUGCAGAGUGGACGCCUUAUGUUCAGGGCGACAUUGUGAUUCACAAGGUGGAAUGCGCCCAUAUGGAGAUGGACAAGCCUGGCCCAAUGGCUGACAUCGGUCGCGCUAUAGCUGCGAGAUUUGAGAAGCUGCAGCAAUAG